AUGGUGCCUCAAAUAAAUGUUUCCCGAGUUGAUAAUUCUUCUGAUUGGUUAUAUGUUCCUUUUUGUGGUAUUAGUAGAUAUCCAGCUGGUUAUUUACGCAUGUCAGCUUACUCAUUGAGUCUAUUUUUCCAAUCAUUUCUUAACAAUUUUACAAAACUUUUACAUAAUUUAUCUUCUGUUGAAGAAAUUAUUCAUGUUGCACCACAAACAAGUUAUUUAAAUAUGUCAGACAGUAAAUAUGGUCUUAUGUGGUACUGGAAAGUUAUAGGUGGACGACGUUUAAUUGGACAUGAAGGAUCAGUACCUGGUAUAACAACUAUAAUGAUGGCAAAUGAAAAAAGAAAUUUAGGCGUAAUUAUAAUAACAAAUGGAGAUACAGUGCGAAGCGAUAGUCAAUCGGAUGAAGUCCAAAACACAAUAAUUAAUAUAACCAAAGAACUAUUUGAUUGUUUCGAAAACUUUACGAAUAAAGGUUCUGCAUAUCGAUCAUAUAACUUUUUUUUAAUCUAUGGAAUUAUUAGUAUAUUAUAUUUUUUAUAUUUAAUGUUUUGAUUAUGAUUUAAUAAAAUUAACUAAUUAAGUCAUAGAUUAUCUGAAAUUUACCAUAGUUCAUUAAAAUGAUAUGAUAGUUUGUGUCAUUCCUUUUAUUAUUUGCAAAAUAAAUAAAAAUUCUUAUAAUUGAGCAUAUAAACCACCGUAGUCAAUCUCAAUGUCUCGAUAGUAUAUAGUUAGUGUACCAUUUAAUGCCAGUACUAACUCUUUUGAUAGAAGUAGCUUUAUGAAAUCGUGAAGAUGAGUAACGUAUCAAUCGUUGGAUAUUGUUGUUUAAAGCAAUUCUUCUUCGUUAUAUAUGAAAACUUUUAAAUUCAAUUUAUCACAGGCAGCUGUUAGACAAAUAUCUUUGAUAGCUUUCUAAAAACUUCUACAAAGGCCUAUCUAUUUUAAAUCUAUUGAAGAAUCUUCUUGGCUAUCAACCUCACUGAUCCGAAGCAGCAUUGUCGACUGAUUAUUCUCGUACUCAUGUGUGCUUCUAAAAUAUUGCUAUCCAUUCUACCGCAGUCCCCAUCUUUAAUAUAAUAAAAAAAAAAGAAAACUAACUAAGAAAUGUUAAGCUUAUCAUGAAGCUCUCUGUGUUGUAUGUCAUUUAUUCUACAAAGAAAAGAAAUGACAACUACUGAAAUACUAUAAACUAUUUUAAAUAAUCAUCAUAAAUAAAAAUACGGAAACAUCGGAUUUAAUUCCGAGUGUUAUGUGUACUUCAAAAAGUAAAACGAAUUGACGACAAAUUGAUUUUAAUCAAACUGUCUAGAAACUAACUAACUUGAGCGUAUGCUCGGCAUUUUAACCUUGUCUGGUGAACGGUUUGGCCCUUUGAGCUAAAGAAAGUCUCAAUUGGACAGAAAACAAUUUAGGGUGUGGGUGAGUAUACAAAUGAAUUUCAUUUAAUAGCACAAGCUAUACUUACGACCGGUUUCGACCUUGCUUAAGGGUCUUUAUCAGGUAAGUUCGGCUAUUAAAUUUAAAGUGCUGCUAUUUAAUUCUAACCUACACGUGCGACUUAGAUGGAUUAAUUCAAAUGGCGAGUAGUUUUUUGAAGUAGUAGUAUGUUAAAUUGUUGGUUAGGGCUAGCAAUUUUAGUGUUUUUGAGGGAUAAUCUGGUAAGUGUUUGAAAUAUGCAUGGGUCUGAGCGUCCGGAUUUUUCCCAGCGAAAACAUUUUUCAAAUAGGACGUCGCCUACAGGAAAAAUGGGGACACUGCGAUCGGUGAAUGUAUGAGUUCGUUUUGGACUGGACUGGUAAUUUUAUCCGGAGGUGUUGUUUUUUUUAUUUGUCUCUCGGUGAUUAUGUUUAUUUUUUCUGGAUAAUGUUUCCGAUAUGGUAUUGUCGCAGUUCUGAUAGCUAACGCAGAGCUAGUGUAAAUGGGUUUUUGGUGUGUCGGCUGAUGUUUGAUUUCAGUCAAGCCGUUGUCUGGUAAUCUAUAUAGAUGUUGAGCCAACGUGGGUUGAUUUGAUGUGUAUUCGGUAGUGAUAUGGCUUGAUUUAUAACGAGAAUGUCAUGAUUUUGUUCAGUUGAGUAGGAAACUAAUGCCUGUCCAAAAAUAAAAUGGGCUCGGGUAUUUUUGCAAUAGCUCAAGAACGGAAAGAGCUAGCGAUCUGCGGCUUUCACCAACAGAAAGAGUAGAAGUUGGGACGUCUUUUUCUCCGAUAAUGUA